UUAUUAGGCUAUUAAUUUAAUUGACAUUGGUGUUUAUUAUUGCUACUCUCCGUAUUAGUUUGAUUCUAUUCUAUAUUGUUUUUGUCGCUUUGGAUAUGAUUUCAGCAGUAGGCUAGGCCUAUCAGCAAACUACAGUCCUUAGUUGUUUAUCCAGUUUCUAAGUGCGUUUGAUUGAUUCUUAAGUAGUGUAACAGGGCUGAUUGGCUUUUGAAGUGGCGCAAAAAGUGCAAAUCCACUUAAGAACCCUUCUGAAUCCACGUGAUCAACGCGGAAGUCAAUAACACUGGCUAAGGACGCUUGACGGGCUAUACUCCUGUGUGGUUCAAGCGCCUUGGCGCCGGGGCGGAGUGAAUGCGAUCAUCCUCCUCAGUUUAUGAAUAUAUUCAUUUUCCCCAGGACACCACUGCUGUAUAGCUUCACAGUUCGCUGGAUAGCCACUACUCGCCGCCUUACUUAAGACAGACUGUCGGACUGGUUAGCCAACUACGAAAGGGUAGCUAGCUAACUUAUUUGGACGUAACAUACACUGAGGAGAGCUGCCGACCACAGUAAGAACAGGACUUGUACGUUAUAUGACAUGGUUCUGCUGAUACGCUGACUGACCUACCUAAUCUGCGACAGCUGUGGACCCACAACCGUCAUGUCUACUUCCAAAAAGGGCUCAUCUAAGUCCGGUGGUGUACGGUUCUCAGAGGAGCCAGCGGCCCAUUCCCACGUGCACUUUGACGAAAAACUCCACGACUCCAUUGUCAUGGUGAUCCCUGAAUCAAAUGGCAACUUCUUGGUUAAAGUGGGCUUUCUGAAGACACAGCACAGGUAUGAGAUCGACUUCACCCUGCCAGAGUUGCCAUUGCUAGGCACCGACAUUUGUCCCGCCCCCAUUCCGAACCCUCAUAUCCGCAUCACCAACAUCACCCACCAAUCAGAAGGCGGUGUGCGGCUGCACUGUGAGUACAUGCCCCACCAGGAGGGGGUGCUGUGUGAGGAGUUGACCCUGGUGAGCGAAAGCAAAGAGGACACGUGUGUGCGCAUCAGAGUGCAGGCACGCGUUAUGGAUCGCCACCACGGCACUCCCAUGCUGUUGGAAGGAGUGAGAUGUGUAGGGGCGGAACUAGAGUACGACUCUGAGCAAAGUGACUGGCAAGGGUUUGACUAAAGCACACAGAGACACACAGACACACACACACACACACACACAUGCAUGAGUGACACUGUUUAAUUAACAUCUUCACAGCUACACAUCCCCUCACAUACUAACACACACAAAUGCACAAACAUAUAUACACACACACACAAAUACACUCAUACACAAAUAUAGCUUCACACACAUGCUCACAUGCCCUCAUACACCAGUGCCAUACAUUCUGCUGCAUCAGUAGCUAGAUCUCUCUCUGUGCUUCUCAUCAUGGAGUAACCCCUGUCCUUGGACACUGCCCAUGCAGCCCUGCAAGGGGUCGGGAGGACGGGGGACUAUAGGAACACUGUGAUCUCUUAGUUUAGCUAAGGAGCUCCCUCUACUUCAAGCUUAGUAAUGACUGAUGACUGUGUUCUGUCUUUUGCUUUUGAUUAUGUUGAGUAAUUAAAACGUUGUGAUUAUCUAAUGAUGAAAUGUUAUAAAUGCAACUUGAUUCUGUUUCCCUUAUGCUUUUGGAUGCACUGCUACAUUAUUAGCAUUUCUGCUUCUUACAUUUGUUUUCUGUUUGCUAAGAUGCUAUUUUUGCAAUUAUUGGCUAUUUUUGCAAACAUCUACACACAAAUCACAUGACUUUACACCAAACCAACACAAUUCUUGCUAACUAAACCCUUCAAACUCUUUGGUGUUUUUGUGUCAAAACAGUACCAAGUACACACUGAAAGUAUAAAUGAAAUACACUUAUGGCUGUUGCUUUCUCAGUGUGCAGGGCAUAUCAGUUUACAAUAUAGUUUUGUAUCUUUUGUUUAUGUAAAAUAUUGAUAUGAGGGAAGGGGGUCAAACAACAAGUAAGAAAACAAAUAAUUUCACGGGAAAGUAUAUUUCUGGCCCUAAGUUUUUAUCCACAUCACAUGUAAUGUCACCAUAGAAUUGCCUGGUCCACGUCCUUCUCCUCCUCUGUUCUUCACCUAUUCAUCAUCCUGCCCUCUUAAUUCUUACAAAUUCAGUCCAAUAUUACUCUAUAAUAGAACUAAAUAAAUCCUACAUUGUAAUUCAGGCCAAAUGCCACUGUGGCUUAUUUGUAGUGCCCAAGAUCUGAUUGCUGAGGGAACUCAUGAUCUAAAAGUGUUUUAUUUGGGACCACAAUUGGCAAAAUAGAGUAAAUAGAAGACACUAAUGUGUACAGUGCAAAAGCAAUGAGUUGGGUUUACAGUUUUGCAAAGAGUGUGCUUCAGAAGCACAAACUGAGUGUACUGUCAGCAGUGAAUGUGCUUUGAGUUUGGCAAACUUGGUGAAUGGAUUAGCUACAAUUGUUAAUAGUAUCAGAAAUUGUGCUUCAAGAAUCACUGUUGGUGUUUCAGCAUUAAGAAAAAAAUACUCUAAUAUUGUAAACAACUACACACCAGGGGGCGCCAGACUCCACUUAAUUAACUUGGUGCCACUCAAGCUGCAAUUUCUUUUUUCACCAGUAAGAGUCAGUAUUGCUUGCAAAAUUAUUGGUAGCAGUGCAAUCCAAAGUGACAUACUGACAGGUUUUUGUUUGUCUGUGAGUGAAUCACAUCUUUUUGUGGCGAUUUGGAGCAGCUUGGUACUGGUUGUCGUUGUGAUGGUGGUGUUGGUUACUGAUGGCAACGCUUUGACACUCUCAACACUCUCUACUAGGAUUAGUGUUCUCACUGUGUAGGAAAAUAUCUGACCUAUGUUAUUGUGAACAAUCAUGAUUAUGAUAAUAAUUUCCAUAACUGGAAAUCUAAACUGAUUUGCUCCCAUGUUGUAACAUGCAUGAAAUUGACAACUCACACCGGGUUAAGCCCUGUCCAUGUUCAGUUGUAUGCUGGAUGUCUUCACCACAUAGAAGAUAUCCAACAACACAGAAUGCAACCCAGCUUAGCAUCUUUUGAAGAACCUGGACGAGGUUUAGGUUCUGUUGAAGGGGCUCAGCUCGAGUUGCAUUCUGUGGACUGUUGCUUUCUCUCCUCCAGUCUCUGGCCACAGAAGAAAACCUCUUGCGCCAUCUCUGAGCCGGACUGAUUGUCAGGUAUAGACCCUUUCAACAAUAAAAACAAAAACAAUGCUUGAACAUUCUAUUUGGUUCCCAAUCUACUUCCUCUGCAUUAAGAUAACAUAUGGAAUGUUAAAAAGGAAGUCUUGUGGGGCCAACUAUGAUGCUGAUAAUGGAACUCUCUUGAAAGGGUCUAUAAUCACUUGAAACAUUAGUUCUGUGGAAGCUGCUGCUGUACAUGAGCAGGCUUCUUCCAGGGAGGAAAAAAAGAAAAUGUUAGCCCACUGCGUGAUUAAGGCCUUGGGAGACCAAGGAGUGACUCUUACCACCAGACAAUCACAUCCUUUAAUUACAAUCACCAAAAAGGGCUGGCCAAUUUCCCAGGAUGCAUCACUCUGCUCUGCACAAAGGGAGCUCCUUGACUGGGCUGUUGAAGAUUUUGUUUUUCUGUUCUCUUUUUUUUAACAUGAAGGAAAAUGUAAAUCAUCACAAGUGCCUAUGUCCAUCUUUAUUGUUUUUAUGGUCGCAUUGCAAUCAUCUUUAUACCAAUCAGGCCAGGGGUGCAGUGUUUUUUUUUUUUCCCUGUGGCAAUGCAGCUAUGGAAACCCUGAUUGACUCCGAUCAAACCUGCUGAGCCCACUGAUCUGAUCAUCUUUUACUGACCUGAGACCAGUUCCCUCUAAAGCCUAUUAAAUCCAUUUGCCAUCAGUAAAGACAGAGGAACUGAUCUCAGGCUCAUGGGUAACGUACCCCAUGUCCUGCCCUAGUCAUCUAAUGACAAGCAGUACAUUUUCUAUUCAGUAUUAUUCAGACUACACAGACUUCUUGUUGUCAUUGUCUCCCAAACUCUAUUUGUAUUUCUCUUAAUCUCUAUUCUCUCUCUUUUUCUUUCCCUCUCUGUCUCUUUAUUAAUGUCAAUGUCUAUUACUGUUCUAUUUUUUCUUUCUCUCUUUCGCUGUACAGUCCAGUGCUUUGACCACCAGACCAGGUUGCAACCAGAGUGGUUAGUCGACCACCAUAUAAUGUACUGUUACGAGCCUUACUUUUUAAACUGCAUAGCUGUAGACAUAUACAAAUUUUAUAUUGUCCCUGUGUCUGUACUGAGGUGUUUUUAGUCAUUUUUGUUGUUUCCGCUGAGAUCCUGUAUUGAAAUGGGAGAAAUCAGCUGAAGAUUCUUUUUUUUUUUUUUUAAAUUAGAGCUUUUUUAUUUUCUCAAAAGAUCCAGUUGGACUUUUUUUUAAUGUUUUGGCCCACCCUCUGUCUGAAUGCACGUUGUGUUGUGUCCUCCUGUGUAGGCUUGUUGCCAUGGUUUUUUGCCUUUAUGCCCCCCCUGCCUUUCUGAGAAUGUUCUCCCUCUAAAUGAAAUAAAGUUGAUGGUCGCCCGUUCAAA